AUGUUAACUUUUUUUCUGAACUUUUACAAAAGCGGCUGUGAAAGUAUAUUACCAAGUGGAAAUUGUUCUUUACCAGCCAAAGGACCUACAGAAUUUCCACCAAAUUUUAGUUUUGGUGCUGCAACAUCAGCUUAUCAAAUUGAAGGCAGUUGGAAUGCAGAUGGUAAAGGACCAUCAAUUUGGGAUGAUUUUGUACACAAUCAUCCGGACAAUAUUAUUGAUAGAACAAAUGGUGAUACAGCGGCUGAAUCGUAUCGGUUUUUUGAUUUAGAUUUGGAAGCAUUAAAGUAUCUCAAGGUCAAUCACUAUCGUUUUUCAAUUUCUUGGACAAGAAUCUAUCCAACUGGUGACAUUUCAUCGAAAAAUCAAAAAGGAAUCGAUCAUUACAACAUGGUUAUCGACAAGCUUUUAGCAAAUGGUAUUCAACCAAUGGUUACAAUAUUUCACUACGAUCUUCCUGUAGAGCUUCACAAAUUAGGUGGUUUUACAAAUGAGCUUUUUAUCGAUUAUUAUGUGACCUAUGCUGAAGAGUUAUUCAAAAACUUUGGUGAUCGGGUUAAAACUUGGAUAACAUUCAAUGAACCAGUUAGAUUUUGUAAACCUGGUUACGGAACUGGAAGAGAUCCACCACAAGUGACUGCCUCCGGUAUUGGAGAUUAUCUUUGCCUGGCCACCAUUCUAAAGGCACAUGCUGCUGCUUAUCAUAUGUACCGAGAAAAAUACUUUCAACAGCAAAAUGGAAAAAUAGGAAUCACUCUUGACACAUCAUUCUUCUUUUCGGAAACGAAUGAUACUGAACUUAUUGAUCGAUGUUUGCAAUUUAGCUUAGGAAUUGAAGCACAUGCAAUUCACAGCAAAACUGGUGGAUUUCCUGAAGUAUUGAUCAAAGAUAUUGGAAGAAAUAGUUUGCAAGAAGGUAGAAUAAGAUCACGACUUCCAAGUUUAGAAGGAAAAUGGAAGGACUAUAUUCGAGGUACAGCAGACUUUUUGGGAAUCAAUCAUUACACAUCGAAAUAUGUAAAACGGGCUACUCAACCAAUGGGAACAAAUCCAUCAAUGGACAGGGAUUAUGAUACUGUGGAAAUUGUUGAUGAGAAGAAUUGGCUUAAAGGGAAAUCAUUUUGGCUCUUCUGUAUUCCAGAAGGAAUGGAAGGACUAUUAAAACACAUUCGUGAUGAAUAUGAUAAUGUUGAGGUUAUUAUCACAGAAAAUGGUUGGUCUGAUGAGGGAGAACUUGAAGAUGAUAAUCGAAUUCAUUUUAUGAAGAGUUAUAUUCAAGGUGUAUUAAAUGCAAUAAAUGAUGGUUGCAAUGUAACUCAUUACACUUAUUGGAGUUUACUUGAUAAUUUCGAAUGGACUAAAGGAUAUACGGAACAUUUUGGAUUGUUUACUGUUGAUAUGAAAAGUCCGAAAAGAAAACGGACACCAAAGAAGUCAGCUGGUUAUUAUAGGAGAAUAAUUGAAUCAAAAGGAAUUCCUAUAGACUGAGAUAAUUAAUGUAGAGUAUUUUAUAAAAAAAUUAAAGCAAACAAAAAAAAUUCGAAAACUUAAUCUGAUUAUUCUAAAACCACGCUCUUAAAUUUAUAAAGAAAAGAAAAGAUUCCAAAGCUUGCAGUUUUAAAAUUUUUACAUUAAUGAUGAA